ACGGAAUAUUUUAACGAUAAUUCUGCGGUCACACUGAACACUGCAACCUAAACAAUUUCCGAGUUGUCUUUGUUUUUUAUCCAUUUUCUACUUUUAAAUUCAACGAAUUUCCUAAUUUGCGUGGAAGCUAGAACAAAAAACCGGUCAUGGAUGUCGACUGGCAAAACAAUCUCACUGCGAUUAAGGAUCGCGGCCAAUAUCUGCUGCAGACUGAAAAAUGGGCCGACUGCCGUUUCCUGGUGGGCACAUCGCCCAACCACCGCAUCAUUGCCGGCCAUAAGCUACUCCUGGCGAUGGGCUCGCCGGUGUUUGAGCGCAUGUUCUUUGGCAAUCUGCCGGACAAGACCGAUCCCAUUGUUAUACCCGAUGUGCAGCCGGAGGCCUUUGAGGCCAUGAUGGAGUACAUCUACACGGACCGCAUCACCAUUGGCUCCUUUGAUAAGGCCUGCGAGCUGUGCUACGUGGCCAAGAAAUAUAUGCUGCCCCAUGUCGUCACCCGCUGCACCCACUUCCUGUGGGCCGAUCUAAGUCCCAAGAACGCCUGUCGCGCCUACGAGUUUGCCAAGCUAUUCGAUGAGCCGCGCAUUAUGCAGAGCAGCAUGGACCUGAUUGCGACAAACACCAGGGAGGUGCUGUUGGAUCCCAGCUUCAUGGACAUCGAGGUAUCCACAUUGAUGGCAAUACUGGAUCAGAACCGUCUAAACAUCGACUCUGAGCUUGAUCUCUUCAACUGCCUGCUGAAGUUUGCCAGUGAGAGGGGCAUUCUCAACGAACCCGGCCAGCCCGAAGGCCUCUACAUGUCCGGCGACAAAGAAAUCACGACCAAACAGUCGCCAGACCACUCCACCGGCGAUAUAAUGGUGGAGGAAAUCAAGAUGGAGCCCGAUGUGGCAGCCAUGGUCCAGCACAUGCAUCAGGAUGAUGAUGGGGACAGCUUCGAGGCAGAUCCGAAUGGAGCCUCAACCUCUUCCGCAGCUGCUGCGGCAGCGGCCGCUUCGCCUGAUGCGAAUUCCAAUGCCGAUGCCGAUGCCGAUGCUGAUGCCGCUGCCUCUGACGAUGUGGUCAUCAUCGAAAGCGAUGCCUCGGGCAAUGCCCUCGACGAUGAGGUUAACAUGAUUAACAUAAUGGAUGCCCAGCGCACCAUCAUGGACGGGGCGAUGCUGCGGCAGGCCGUCAAGAAGAUACGUUUCCUUACCAUGACACCGCAGCAGUUUGCUGAAGGCCCGGCCCGUUCCAAGCUGUUGCAGCAGCAUGAGGCUCUCGCCAUCCUCAUCAAGAUCUCCAGUCCCACACUGAACGACUGUAACAUGCCCGAGGGCUUCUGUGUCUCUCGCAGCACUCGGAACUUCUACGAAUCUGGACACCGUCAGAGAGAGUUGUCCACCUCCUAUCGUCAUUCCGGAGCCGCUGCCGCAUCAUCGGCAACCAUCUUUCAGGUUUUUGGGAACCGAAACAACGGGGGCGAGGUGCUCUUUUCCCGCAUGGGGGCCACAAUACAUCGCACGAACAAUCGCGCAGACGCGCCCGCCCCCCCUAUUAAUGCUGGCGUCUUUGGCGAGGAGGGUAUCAUGCCCAUAGGCUUGCGAGCACCGGAAACGGUGAGUGUGGCGGACAAUCCGGGCGCUAAUCCCGCUAGCCAUGCCACAUUGCGUUGCUUUGGCGAUGGCUAUGAAGGCGGAGGAGCUGCCCCCGCUGGACCAAACAACGUCAAUGAAAACGAGCCACCAGCUGCUGGAGGUGGUGGUGGCGUAGGUGGUGUAAAUGGAGGUGGAGGAGAACCCGGUGGGAACCAGCACAACGACAUGGUCCGAGCCUACUGCACGCGCUCGCUGACACGUCAGUUCGACUAUCGCAAUACCAGCGUCACGGAUGCGGGAGUCACCUUCCAGGUAGACACAAACAUCUGGAUACUGGGCGUCCAAGUGCCCACGCGUGUGCUCUGCGGCGAGCUGAUGACCUCCGCCGGCUUCACCGAACGCUACAACGAGGUUCUCUACGCCCACAUCCAGGAUAUGCACGGCUCGCGCAUCACCUACACCCAUUGCACUGCCCGGGUGCGGUAUGACUCGCUGCUGGACAUCACCUUUGACCGGCCCGUCUACAUCUACCGCAACCAGAUCUACAAGAUAUACGUGGUGUUCAACAAGACCGGCUGGUAUCCAAUGUACUCGUGCGUGCCCGACGCCAACAGCCAUCGCGUCAAGUUCAUGUUCAACGUGGGCAAUCCCACGGAGUCGGUGCGCGAUGGCCUCAUCUAUGCGAUCAUAUUCUUCACUCCGCAGGACCAUUCACGGCAUCUGAUCGACUGAGCCAGGUAUUCAACGGAUGUCGCACACAUUUGGCUUCACUUUAGGUUUAAUUUUGAAUUUUUGAUGUGAUAGUUUUAGGCCGCUAAGUAUUUCCGCAUGGAUGGAAACUACUUUUCCCAUAUUCUUAUCUUUAGAAUAAAAAUUGAUUAUCCUAUUCCAAUAUCCGAUAUUCCCUAAA